AUGGCCGAACUAGUAGGCUCAGUCAUUCUUAUCCAGCUUGCUUCGUUGGUUUGGGCUGGAGGUGCUAUACUCCAGAUAUUCACCCAUAACAUCUACUUUCUUAUGGCCACAAGAGGAGUUGUUGGGGUCGCAGGAGGUGCUUUGACUGCCGCCGGCUUAGUAUACACCGUUCAGAUGGCAGAGUACCGAGGUUUCGUGUUGCUGGCGGCGUAUACUGGUUCUGUGGCUGGAUGCGUCUUGGGGCCUGUAGUAUAUGGGCUUUUGGGAAGGAUUUGUACUGAGGAGUGGCUAGGACGGCUGGUGCUUAUUAUUCAGGCAUCCUGGGCUGUUUUGGUGCUGGUUGGGGCAUUUUUCGUUCCGGAAUACCCUCCUUGGCUUCAGUAUAGAGGGUUUCUCGAAAAGGCCAAUGAAACUCGGUACGUUUUGGAACCACGAGUGUUUCUUCAAGACGGCAGGCUGUGUACGUAUAAAGAGUUGUUUAAAGACCACGGAAAACUGCUUUGCAGGUCGUUGGCUGUCCAGUUGGUGCUUUACAUUACGGGUAUUUAUGGAUUGCACUUUUGUCUUCCUAUGCUUCUUCCUGAAUGGCAAGUAGCUCCAGAAACGUCAGAAACGUACGUUUUGGCUGGCAAUUUGGCUAUGUUAAUUGGAGCCAUUGUUUAUUCACCGGUUGUUCAGUUCAUUCGCCGGAAAGAUUGCUUGGUCUAUGGAUUGGUCAAUUUGGGUGGCUGUUUCAUUGCCAUGUUCACGCUUUUCAUGCUUUUCGGAGAGGAAAACAUCAAGGGAGAGCUCCUUAACGUUGCUUUGCCUUCCAAAGUUGGUUCUUGGAUUAUAGGAGUGUGUUACUUUGCGUUUCUUAUUGAUUCCGUGCUUCUUUCGUCGGUAACGUUUCUUUAUACUAUUGAAACAUACAAAGGAACAAAAAAAGCUCCAGAAUCAGAGGAAGAUGAAGCCCUUAAACUGGAAACUGCCCUUCAGAAGCUUCCUUCUUCAGUCAGUUCUCCAGAGUCAGAUUUACCUCCAUUGUUCUGCCAAAAACGAGGUUUCCAAUUCCCAAAACUGCUGACCGAACUGCUCCCAAGGGCCCAUUUAUCUUUCAAAAAGAGACGUGUUUCGCCUGACGUUGGACCUGCCACUGAGUUGCCGUUGGUGACUGCUGGAACGAGUUUUGGGUCAGAACAGGCCGAGGAGUCACCCGUUUCCGAUGAAAGUUUGGCUACGGUGAUUCUCAAGACGGCUAAAACGACUCAAAGCGUUAAACUGCAGUUGGGAUCACAUUUGGAUGGGUUAUGGACGGAAACCGAGUCUGGGUUUGACCAACGGCUGCAAAAUACUGCACAUAAGCACUCAUCGCCAAAGUUCCACCAACGUCGUUCGUUUGAGCAGGAAACGGGAAAUGAAGGUAUUAGGGGUCUUUUUGGAAGUGAAGAGAGGCCUGUGGGGCUUUUUGGGAACUUCGCUCCCUCGUAUACUGAAGCCCAACAGGCUCCAAUUCAGCCCCAGGUGGUCAAACCACAGGUGCCAGAAGCUGCUUCGAGCAUGUUUCAGGUCGGGUUUUACAGCAGGUACUUUGAUAUCAACACAGAGGAGUUUUUCGGCAAGAUCAAGCUUGCACUAGAUCCGUUUCAGAAAACAUCAGUUUUGGCGAGCCAGAAUGAUGAAAAUGGCAAUCAGGAGACAACCGAGUUGUACGGUGCUAUCUGGGUGACGGCAACACUCAUUUUCCUUGUUUUUGUUUCGUCCACGGGCGCCAAUCUUGUAUCUCAUUGGUUGUAUUUGGGAGAUGAGAAUGGAGGCAAGUAUGAGUAUGAGUUUGACCGGUUGACCGUGUCGAUGUCGCUUUUUUAUGGCUACAUUGCGCUUGUGCCGCUUGCAUUAUAUGGGUUUACGUCGUGGUGGUUGAAAUUCGCCGAUAGACUCUCGUUGACGAGACUAGUGUCGAUUUACGGGUACGCCAACGUGCUCUGGGUGCCGCUUACGGUGAUUAAUUUUGUGCUUGUGGUGUUUGUGAGCAGUAAGAAGCAUAAGGUGCUUUUGAACGUUUUUGAGUGGGUUUCGGUGUUGCUUAGUGGUGCAGUUACUGGGCUUAGUAUUAUCUUAAAGGUGAAACCGGUGAUUCUCAAAAACUCUUUGGACCUUGCCGAGGGUAAUGUCGAACAAGGAACGAAGAACCACCGGGUGGUGAUCUUUGCGCUUUGUUUGGUGCAUUUGGGAUUCACCAUUUUGGUGAAAAUCUCGUUUUUCGGUAUUAACUGA